AUCCACCUCGGUACAUCGUUAAGAAAGAUCCUGAAACUGCCAGUCAUCCGAUAAUUUGAACUCGUACUCUUGUGAAUUUCUCAUUUAUUAACGUUAUAGAAAAUCAUUGAAAAAAGAAAAUAUAAAAUGGGAGCUGUACGUAUAAUUGAAAAUGAAAGUCAAUUUUAUCACGAAAUGUCUACAAUGGGUACAAAAUUGGUAAUUGUAGACUUUACAGCUACGUGGUGUGGACCAUGCCAAAGAAUUGCACCAAUAUUUGAGCAAUUCUCAUUAAAAUAUCCUAAUGCGAUAUUUCUUAAAGUAGAUGUAGAUAAAUGUGCAGAAGUUGCAGCCAUCCAAGGUGUCAGUGUAAUGCCUACUUUUAUUUUCUAUCGCAACCGAACAAAAUUGGGUUUUUGCCAAGGAGCAGAUCCAGCUGGACUUGAAUCAAAAAUACAACAAUAUUAUGGCAAUGGUGAUACUGAAGAUUCUGAGGGUUCAGUUACUGGACAUAUGGAUCUAAACACGUUUAUUGCAAAAACACAAUGUGAAUGUUUAAAUGAAUCGGAUGACCACAACUUUGUGCAAUGCUUAACAACUGAUGAUGGAUAUCUAGAGAGUGAUUGCGACGAACAAUUAAUAUUAUCCAUUACUUUUACCCAAGCUGUCAAAGUACAUUCCCUAAAAAUCAAAGCACCGUCAGAUUCAGGACCAAAAAGUAUUAAACUCUUUAUCAAUCAACCUAGAACCAUAGAUUUUGAUAUGGCAGACUCCAAUACUAGCGUCCAAGAUCUUACGUUGAACAAGUUUGGAUAAUAAUCGAAAUAAUAAUGCCAACACAUCAAGAUUAUCAGCACUACGUAGAAAAACAGGCAAACAUAAUGGACGAAGUAGACCCCAAAUUCGUAUAAUAACGAGAAGUUCUCUUACUGUAUUAAGUGCCUUAUGAUCUUUGAGUAAUUCAUACUAUAUAAAAACACAUCAUAAAAUUAUACUGUAUAAAAGAACUUUUAAAGUAAAUAAUAAGAUUAGAUAAUAUUGUAGAUACUAACACCACCACUUUUCAUUUGCAUUCGUUGCUCGGGAAGUCGAGCUAGAAGAUUUAAUGCUAAAUCUGCAACCCAUUGAAUCAAUUGUUGUAAUGACUGCAAUGUACUUGGUUCAACUGUAAAUUCCUUUGGAUCAAGAUGUAAAAGUACCUGAAAUAACGGAAUAUAUCUUAUUAAUUUAUAUAUUAUAAAAAUGUUAUCAAUUUAAUAUAUAACACAAAAUACCUUAUCGACAUCGCUAAUAGGUUCUGUAAUAACCGCUGCCAAACUUUCAGCAGGUCCCUUGUCAUGAGAUAUUAAAUCCGACGGCCUUAAUAAUGAUUUAAAAGCAGUUGCCACUGAAUGUAUCAUAAGUAAAGAGGAUAAAUCAGCGGCUCUAUUUUGACCUGAUACUAACAUUCUGUAAACAAAUAUUGAUAACUAAUUUUUUGUUUGUAUUACCAUAAGAUACUAUAGAAUUAUUAUUUUUUAUUAUUUAAUAUAUACCUGUACAAAGAUGUUUUGAUGCAGAGAAAUUGCACAUAAAGAUAUUGUUGUAUAGGUUGCGUUUGCCUCGUAUAAGAUGCGUCUAAUCGCUCGCACAAUGUCUCUAUCAUCGAGGCUCUUAAACACAAAAGUACAUCCAACCAAUCUAAACCAGUAACUAAGCAAUAUUCGAGCAAUGUACAAGCAUAACCUAGUGUUAAUGAUGGUCCUGCAAACAUAUAUUUUACAAUAAAAAUUAUUCUCGUAUAGUAUACUUCAGAAAAA